CUGGCUGUCCCAGGCCAGUGGAGUGGCAGCCCCAGAACCAGGAACGCCAGGGCUGUGAGGCGGCCUGGGUGCUGGGAGUUGGCGGCCUGCCUGGGCUCACCAGCACAUCUCAUUCCCUGCACCCCCUUCCUCUCAGGGAGCCCCCAGGAUGGUGAGGUGGUUUCACCGAGACCUCAGUGGGCUGGAUGCAGAGACGCUGCUCAAGGGCCGCGGGGUCCACGGGAGCUUCUUGGCUCGGCCCAGUCGCAAGAACCAGGGCGACUUCUCCCUCUCCGUCAGGGUCGGGGAUCAGGUGACCCACAUUCGGAUCCAGAACUCGGGAGAUUUCUAUGACCUGUACGGAGGGGAGAAGUUUGCGACACUGACGGAGCUGGUGGAGUACUACACACAGCAGCAGGGUGUCCUGCAGGACCGGGAUGGCACCAUCAUCCACCUCAAGUACCCGCUGAACUGCUCCGACCCCACCAGCGAGAGGUGGUACCACGGUCACAUGUCUGGGGGGCAGGCAGAGACCCUGCUGCAGGCCAAGGGUGAGCCCUGGACGUUUCUCGUGCGUGAGAGUCUCAGCCAGCCUGGAGAUUUUGUGCUGUCCGUGCUCAGCGACCAGCCCAAGGCUGGCCCAGGCUCCCCACUCAGAGUCACUCAUAUCAAGGUCAUGUGUGAGGGUGGACGCUACACGGUGGGUGGCUCAGAGACCUUUGACAGCCUCACAGACCUGGUGGAGCAUUUCAAGAAGACGGGGAUUGAGGAGGCCUCGGGUGCCUUCGUCUACCUGCGGCAGCCGUACUAUGCCACUCGGGUGAACGCAGCUGACAUUGAGAAUCGGGUGUUGGAACUCAACAAGAAGCAGGAGUCAGAGGACACAGCCAAAGCCGGCUUUUGGGAGGAGUUUGAGAGUCUGCAGAAGCAGGAGGUAAAGAACUUGCACCAGCGGCUGGAAGGCCAGAGGCCAGAGAACAAGAGCAAGAACCGUUACAAGAACAUUCUUCCGUUCGACCACACCCGAGUGAUCCUGCAGGGACGUGACAGCAACAUCCCUGGGUCCGACUAUAUCAAUGCCAACUACGUCAAGAACCAGCUGCUAAGCCCCGAUGAGAACGCUAAGACCUACAUCGCCAGCCAGGGCUGCCUGGAGGCCACAGUCAACGACUUCUGGCAGAUGGCAUGGCAGGAGAACACCCGCGUCAUUGUCAUGACCACCCGAGAGGUGGAGAAAGGCCGGAACAAAUGUGUGCCAUAUUGGCCAGAGGUGGGCGCUCAGCGCGUUUAUGGACCGUACACAGUAACCAAUUGCGGGGAGCAUGACACAGCUGAGUACAAACUCCGUACCUUGCAGGUCUCCCCGCUGGACAAUGGGGACCUGGUUCGGGAGAUCUGGCACUAUCAGUACCUGAGCUGGCCUGACCAUGGCGUCCCCAGCGAGCCUGGGGGUGUCCUCAGCUUCCUGGAUCAGAUCAACCAGCGGCAGGAGAGUCUGCCUCACGCGGGACCCAUCAUCGUGCACUGCAGGUGAGAACAACGAUGAAGUUAGGAGUCGUGAUGGCCAGUAAAUCCUGCUAAGUGUCGCGUGCUGCUCAUCGUAAACACUGCUUUCCGAGCUAAUGCAUUUCACGCGUCCGUCCCCCUGAUCCCAGCCUCAUCCGGGCUCCUUGACAGCCCCAGACCCCUGUGGGAAACUUAAGCUUGAACCCACCCCACUGAUUGAUCCUGUGCCUGGGGGUGGCUUCUUCAGAGACUUCGAGACUUCCCUGGAUGUACCGUCUCAUCCAGGCCUGCCACAUACAGAUGAGAAAACAGGCCCAGCAGCUUGCCAGCUGGCCUUCGAGAGAGCCUGCACGGACACUCACAACAGACCUUGGUCCUGGUCAUGUUGUUUCCUCACACGGGCUUACUCAGCGUAUAUAUUUUCUCGGCCCCAAGCGUCUCCCAUCUGGGGGCAGUGUGGCUCCCUACGUUUUCUCAUUUUCCCCUCUGUAGCCCCCGGGGCGCUUAGCCUUCUCUGCUUCUCCCUUCCCAGCUAGUGACCCCAGCUUGGCCUCCAGGGUUGCGUGGCGACGGGUGGUAUCUCUUCCAGACGGGCCCACGCAUCACUAGCUCCACUGGAGAACCUCAUGACUAGGAGAACCUGUUCCUGCUAAACGGGGAGGUGGGG